CGCCGGAGGAGGAGAAUGGGCGGCACUGAGGCGGCUGCGUUGCCAUCCCCAGACGAGCAGGUGGCGCUGUUGCUGGGCGUCGCGGGGAAGGUGCGAAGAGGGGGAGUCGUCUCUCUGCCUCCGUCCAUCCGUGGCCGGCGGCGGCGAUGGCGGCCGUUCUGUCCCCGCGGGUUUGUGACAGCGACCCGGCCACGCCCGGAGCCCAGUCUUUAAAGGAUGACACAGAAGAAAAUUCAAAUGAUAGCAGCCAACCAUCUAAAAGGCGGCGAAUGGGCUCAGGGGACAGCUCACGAAGCUGUGAAACUUCAAGUCAAGAUCUUAGCUUCAGCUACUUUCCAGCUGAAAACCUGAUAGAGUAUAAAUGGCCACCCGAUGAAACAGGAGAAUAUUAUAUGCUUCAAGAACAAGUCAGUGAAUACUUGGGUGUGACCUCCUUUAAGCGAAAAUAUCCAGAUUUAGAAAGACGAGAUCUAUCUCACAAAGAGAAGCUCUACCUCAGGGAGCUAAAUGUCAUUACGGAAACACAGUGUACUUUAGGUCUAACAGCCUUACGCAGUGAUGAAGUAAUUGAUCUGAUGAUUAAAGAAUAUCCUGCCAAACAUGCUGAGUAUUCUGUUAUACUUCAAGAAAAAGAGCGUCAGCGAAUAACUGAUCACUAUAAAGAGUAUUCUCAAAUGCAACAACAGAACACGCAAAAAGUUGAAGCAAGUAAAGUUCCAGAAUACAUUAAGAAAGCUGCCAAGAAAGCCGCCGAGUUCAACAGCAACUUAAACCGUGAACGAAUGGAAGAAAGAAGGGCCUAUUUUGAUUUACAGACACAUGUUAUCCAGGUGCCUCAAGGGAAAUAUAAAAUCUUACCCACAGAAAGGACAAAGGUUAGUCCUUAUCCAGUGGCUCUCAUACCAGGCCAGUUUCAGGAGUACUACAAAAGAUACUCUCCAGAUGAGCUUCGAUAUUUGCCAUUGAAUACAGCUCUUUAUGAGCCCCCCUUAGAUCCAGAGCUGCCUGCAUUGGACAGUGAUGGAGACUCGGAUGAUGUAGAAGAACGAGGUGAUGAAAAGCGGAAAAUCAAAGGCAACUCGGACAACUCAUCUGGCAAUGUAUCCGAAGGUGAAUGUCCUCCUGAAAAUCAGGAGGAAUCUUUUCAGGGAAGACAAAAAGCAAGAGAGAAAAAUUCUACUCCAAGAAAAGAGGGUUCCAAGCGAUCUGUAUCCAAAUCAGUUCCUGGGUACAAGCCAAAGCCCAUUCCAAAUGCUAUAUGUGGAAUUUGUCUGAAGGGUAAGGAGUCCAACAAGAAAGGGAAGGCUGAAGCACUUAUACACUGCUCCCAAUGUGAAAACAGUGGCCACCCUUCCUGUCUGGAUAUGUCUGCAGAACUUGUUGCAAUAAUUAAGACCUACCCGUGGCAAUGUAUGGAGUGUAAAACGUGCAUUAUAUGUGGGCAGCCUCACCAUGAGGAAGAAAUGAUGUUCUGUGAUGUGUGUGACCGUGGCUAUCAUACGUUUUGUGUGGGGCUUGGUGCUAUCCCAUCAGGUCGCUGGAUUUGUGACUGUUGUGAAAGACAACCUCCAUUACCCAGGGGCAGAGGAAGAAGAGGAAAAAACAGCAAAGAAGGCUAAAACUAUUAUUUACAUUCUAUACUGAACUGCACAAAACCAAGUGCAAAAUUUGGUGCUAUUUAACCUACUGCUUUGUUAUAAGGAAAAAUACCACUCGAAACAUUUUUCACCAAAUAAAUUCUUUUUUUAAUUUUA